ACAUAAAAUAAGAAAUUUAAUUUUGUUUAAUGCAGAAGCACUUCAAAGUUAUCUGUAGGAAAAGUGAAGAACAAAAGAUUCCGAAAAGUUUACAAUAGUUAAAAAAAAAUUUUGUUGGUAAUGGAAGUGGAAAAAAGUGUUAAUGAGGUUCCAGAGCUGAAGGAAAAUAGAGAUUCUUCUAUGCAUGAAACUAAUGAAAAAGAGCAAAUGCACCAGCAAGCUACAAUUGAGUCGAUUCUACCUGGAGAGAACCAAGCAGAUCUAGACCCAAAUUUUAAAGUAACUCUUAACAAACUAUGGUUACAAGGUUCCAAUACAACUUGCUCAAUUCUAGUUAAAGGUUUGGCGCUUGAAGUAAAGGCUAGAAAUUUAGAGCUUUUUAUUCUUCCUUACGAUAAAGAUUCACUACAUGCAAUGGUGCAGCAAAAAAAUUUAACAUCCUGUAUAGAAAUGAUCUAUAAUGGUGCUGAUAUUAAUGCCAAAGAUAAAAUGGGUGAAACUCCAUUACACCUUGCUGUUUUGCAAGAUGAUUUAGACAUUUUAAAAUCUUUGCUUUUUCUUGGUGCUGAUGUCAGCAUUAAAAACGAUAAUGGUAAAACUGCAAUAGAAAACAUUGACCAAAAUCAAAAAUACUCCAAUGACAUUAAAGAGAUUUUUUCUCUCUUUGAAAUAGACAAAGAUAAAAUUAAAGAAUGUAAGAAAAUCCAACUACCUGAAACUUCAUCACACGCACAAUCUGUUUUGAAAAUGAAGACAAAGAAAGAAGCUGUUCUUUCAUUAGAUGGUGGUGGAAUACGUGGACUAGUUUUAAUAGAAAUAUUGUUGACACUUGAAACGUUAACUGGAUGCCAAAUAUAUGACCUAUUUGAUUGGAUCAGUGGAACUAGUACUGGCUCUGUUUUGGCAGUGUCAAUAGCAAAUGGUAAAAGUCUUCGCUAUAUGCAACGCGCAUAUUUACGUCUCGCUCAUGAAUGUUUCGUUGGAAGUAAACCUUACUCAACUGAACUAAUGGAUAAAUUUCUGAUGAAUGAAUUUGGUGAUAAUAAAAAAAUGAAUGAAAUAGAACAUCCAAAGUUAAUUAUACCAGCAGUGCUAACAGACAGAAAACCAGCUAUGCUACAUAUUUUUCGAAACUACGAUGCUCCAUAUGAUGAUAAUUACCAAAUUAAAGAUGAUAAAUUUCCACAACCUGCAUUACCUUCUGACCAAACCAUUUGGUUAUCAGUAAGAAAUUCUUGUUCAGCACCAGUAUAUUUUCGACCAAAUGAUCGUUACAUAGAUGGAGGGUUUAUAGCCAAUAAUCCUACACUUGAUACACUUGCUGAAAUACACAAGUAUAAAAAGUACCAUGGUAACACAAGUGAACAGCAAGCUGAUAAUAUAGGGGUUGUUGUUUCUUUAGGUAUGGCUUUUUUUUUUUUGCAUAAAUUUGCCUGUUCAAGGUCAAGGGUUUGGACACUACUGUAGUGACUACUCUUUUUA